AUGGCCCGCGCGCUGGCGCCCCUGUGGCGGGGCACCGUGGCGCUCAUCUCGUGGACGGCGCAGCUCGUGCGCGCGCCGCACUCGAGCAGCAGCUUGCCGAGCGCCAUCUCCAGCUCGUCGCCGGCUUCGCUGGCCCCGCGCGGCGCCUGGAGCGCCUGGAAGAGCUUCCUGACCGCCGGCCCGAGACGCGCCCGCCGGCAGUCGCACGCGGCGCUGGAGCUGCUGGAGAAGUUCCGCCAGGGCCCGGAGACCCACAGCGAGUGGAACCUGUUCCUGUGGCGCGCCACGUUCCCGCUCGUGUCGCUCGUGCUGCUCACGCUGCUGUGCGUCGUGGGGCAGUUCGGCCACGCCGCCUACUCGCUGGUGGUGAACCCGGUCUGGUACCUGUGCAACUUGGCGCUGGUGGCCACGCCCUUCCAGCUGGUGUUCCGCUUCUCCGCGCUGGAGGACGCGGCGGACGGAGAGGCGCAGACGAGAGUCUACUACGCGCUGGCGGCCGUCAGCGUAGCCAUCAGCCUCGUCGAGUGGUACAUGAGCUUACCGGCCAGCAGGUACUCGUGGAUUGUGGGCAACACGCUCUUCGGCAUCGUGGCGCUGAGCGCCGUGCCGCUGUUCUUCAGUAUGCAGCCGAGGACGCCGCGCUCGCAGUACGACGAUCUGGUCAUGGAGCAGGAGCAGGACAACAGGAUGCACGGCGUGCCCGAAGAGGAGGAGGACACGAGGAACGAGCAGGUGGAGGAGACUCCGCGACAGGGACAAUCCGCCACGCGGCUGCUGUACGGGUGCGGAUUCUGCGUGUUCGUGUUGUGGCUCAUCAUGUUCUCGUCGUACAGCUCCGCGCGCGGUGGGGAAGGCUCGACGCGGUCGUGGUUCCUGCUGUACUUGCUGUCGCCGGUGUUGUGCAUCAUUCUCUUCUGCUCGCGCAUUGCGCGCGUGCGAUUCAGCUUCGAGCACGCGGUCGCGUACAGCACGUUGAUCGUGCAUGUGCCGCUGUUUCUUGGACACUUGUGUGUGCGACUAUUUGCACUCGCGGAAGAUCCUGCUGCCUCAUCGUCGACCACCAGUGAGUCGUGGCUGAAGCUGGCGAUCUCGGUGCUGUAUCUGCUGCUCAUGCAGGGCUACUUCUUCGUGAUCACGCAUAUGGUGAACAGCAUGUCGGAGCCGUUCUCGCACCCGUCGUUGCUGUACGUUGGGCAGCUCUACUACUACGUGUUCUGGUACAUCCUCGUGGGGUCGGAUACCCCCAUCGACGCGUUGUAUUGGGGUAUGCUGAUGCUCAACAACAUUCACAUCGCGUUCCUGAACACGGGUGUGUACACUGACUUCAAGCGCUCGUCUUCGGCUAUUCUAGCAAUGCCGCUGCAUGCCAACAUCACCUCGUCGGUUGCUUUUUGCGUGCGUUCUACUACAUCGGCCAUAGAUGUUUCUAGAUGUAUGCCAAACGGAAGGUCACUUAGAAGGCGAGGUCUUUUGGGGCUAAACUGCGGCGUGGCAGGCGCAGCAGCAAUGGAGACGGAAGACGAUCUACUUGAAGACGGAGAUCACGACUGUGGAUAUGACAGUGGAUACGGCUCUGAUGGAUUCCUAUUAACUCGAAAUAUCGAUGAGAAGGAACCUGCUAUCGGUGAGCUGCCGUCUUGGCAAGAAACAGGAAGUCGCAACCGUGAACGAGAUCGGGGUGUAAACCUUUCGCGCAGAGAUACCCAAGCAUCAGCACUGGACAUUUCUUCGCCAUCUCGAAAAGCAGGCACACGGAAGGCUUCAUUUCUUCGUGACAAGUGCUCGCGAGCUAAAAUGAACUGCAGGAACGAUGCUCUACGGCCACUGUAUUUCCUGAUGAAGCUCGCGGAACAAGACAACAUGGCCGACACUACAGCUCUGAUUCUGGUACCUUCACUCCUGACGCUGCUGGCCGUUUUCGAGAAGCCGGGCAGUGCUCUUGCGGUGCUACAGGACCAAACGAACCUUUGGCUACGGUGCGUGUGCAUGUUCAUCGGACGUCUUGGUGGUGCCUUUCUCGCUCGAGAAAUCUUCACGUGUAAGCUCCGGUCUCGACUACGCUCGUCGCCCGAGGACUUGGGCGAUGCGACCCACCCUGACGGCAUUACCGGCAGUAUUGACGGCAUGCCUGCGCGGCUUUGGAUACAGCGUCUUAUGCUGCAAGACUUCCACGCCCAGUUUUGGUAUCUGACUGCUGUGACUAUGGUGGUCACGUUCGGUUGUUUCGCGCGCGUCGACCUGCCACUACGCUUUGCAUUGCUUUCGUGA